AUGCGUAUUUAUGCAAAACCGCUGACUGUGAUCCGCGAGUUUCGCUUCAAAUGCAAUUACGGUAUUAAAUUGCGCAAGGUUUCCUUCUACCAGGCUGCCGAAAUUUACCAUGGCAAACCGGAUUGGGUUAACCAAACGAUUGAAGUCGUCAAAUCGACAUUUGAUCCCCAUACAUGGAUUGCUCCAUUAUUGGGCCCAGUAACUGCACUUGAAACCAGAAAUGGCGCAUAUUUGGAUGUUCUCUAUUCUGGACACGAUCUGAAGAGUCGCUUCUACGAAAAUGGAGAUUUAGUGGAAGUUCACCGGGCGAAUGGAGCCGUUAAACCAGAAGAUGUGAUCCUUGUCUUUAAUUAA